AUGUUAAUAACAUUGUGUCUGCAUUGUAGUCUUAAAGACACAAAAGCGCAUGGUUUUUUUACUCAAAUUAUAUUAAUCGAUCCCGCACACGAUGUGCUGUUAAAUAUAUCGUGUCUUUUGAACAACCGAUUUUUUAACAAACAUUGUAAUACCUUCAAUAAUAGUGAUACCAAUCUUGAUACAUCUCCAUUUUCCACUCGCUUUUGCGAUGCUUUUAAUUUUUCUUAUUCAUUGGAUAUAUUCACUGUAUAUUUUCUUGUUUGGCAAGUUAUGUUUCUUAUCACUGCAUGGGAAUUACAAAUACUUCCAUUGAUCUCAUUGACAUUUUUUCGAGGAUGCCAGUGUAUGAUUCCAGCAUUUAUUAUGUAUUUUGUUUAUGAUUUUUUCUUUCGGCUUUUACCAAUGGAGGUGAACUUCCUUUUAAUAUGGAUAUUCGCUCUUGCAGAUAUAAUCUAUUGUUUGCAUCCACGGUAUCACAUUGAAAGCUCAAGAAUACUAGAUGAACUUUCUACUGAUGGUACACCAUCUCUAGUUGGCUUCUACUAUACUUUGAACUUUGAUGAUGAUGAAUUAGUUGAUCGAAAAAACAAUCGUUCAAGUCUUGGCAUUGGUGAUUUUCUAAUUUUCAAUCUCAUGUUGUUAUUAAUAGUACCUUCUGGAUCGUCAAUGAUAACCAAAGUAUGCAUAGCUAUCGGUCAUAUUAUUGCUAUUCAAAUUGGCCAAAUAGCAACGUCUUGGUUUGGAUGUUAUUUUAACCAAUAUUUACUGCCUGCACUUCCUUUACCUGUCGCUUGUUUUUCAUUGUAUGCUAUUCUACUCAAUGCUUUUGUACAAUAUUAA